UUGCUAUUUUGGGACAGAGCACAGACGAGGGAGACGGUCUGGUCUGGUCUGGUCCGGUCUCCGGUCGGGUCACCUGCAUUCUCGCGCCGCCCAUCGAUGGCGCCGUGGAGCGGCCUCUGGGGCGGCAGGGCCGUCCUCGCCGGCGGCGACGCCUACCGCGGCACCCCCGUCGUCGUCAGGAUGGAGAACCCCAACAGCUGGUCCAUCUCCGAGAUCAACGACGACGACGACGAUGACUACGGCGGGGGCCAGAGGCGGCGGAGGAGGAGGAGGAGGGGCAAGAACGCCAAGCAGAUCACCUGGGUGCUGCUCCUCAACGCGCACCGCGCCGCGGGGUGCCUGGCGUGGCUGGCCUCCGCCGCCGUCGCGCUCGGGUGCGCGGCGCGGCGCCGCGUCGCGGCCGGCCGCACGGACGCCGACGACGGAGCGCCCGCCCCCGCCCCCACCCCCACUCCGCCGCCGACGCCGCGGCGUUCCAGGCUCUACGCGUUCAUCCGGGCGCUGCUCCUGCUGUCGCUGUUCCUCCUGGCCGCCGAGCUCGCGGCGCACGCCAACGGCCGCCGCCUCGCCGCCGCCGCGGUGUCGCUCGGCUCGCUCCACGCCUCCUGGGUGCGCUUCCGCGCCGCCUACGUGGCGCCGCCGCUCCAGCGGCUCGCCGACGCCUGCGUCGCGCUGUUCCUCGUCCAGAGCGCCGACCGCGUCGCCCAGUGCCUCGGAUGCCUCUACAUCCGCCUCAGGCGCGUCAGGCCUGAGCCCGUGUCGCCGCCGGCGGUGCCCGACGCCGAGGACCCCGACGCCGGCUACUUCCCCAUGGUGCUCGUCCAGAUACCAAUGUGCAACGAGAAGGAGGUGUACCAGCAGUCGAUCGCGGCGGUUUGCAACUUGGACUGGCCGAGGUCCAGCCUGCUGGUGCAGGUGCUGGACGACUCCGACGAGCCCGUCACGCAGGCACUGAUCAGAGAGGAGGUGGACAAGUGGCGGCACCACGGCGCGCGCAUCGUGUACCGCCACCGCGUGCUCAGGGACGGGUACAAGGCCGGCAACCUCAAGUCGGCGAUGAGCUGCAGCUACGUCAAGGACUACGAGUACGUGGCCAUCUUCGACGCCGACUUCCAGCCUUACCCUGACUUCCUGCGGCGCACCGUGCCCCAUUUCAUGGACAAUGAGGAAUUGGGGCUGGUGCAGGCACGGUGGUCGUUCGUGAACAAGGACGAGAACCUGCUGACGCGGCUGCAGAACAUCAACCUGUGCUUCCACUUCGAGGUGGAGCAGCAGGUGAACGGCGUGUUCAUCAACUUCUUCGGGUUCAACGGCACGGCCGGGGUGUGGAGGAUCAGGGCUCUGGAGGAUUCAGGCGGCUGGAUGGAGCGCACCACCGUCGAGGACAUGGACGUCGCGGUCAGGGCGCAUCUCAAAGGCUGGAAGUUCAUCUUCCUCAACGAUGUGGAGUGCCAGUGCGAGUUGCCGGAGUCGUAUGAGGCUUACAGGAAGCAGCAGCACCGGUGGCAUUCAGGCCCAAUGCAGCUCUUCAGGCUGUGCUUGCCGGACAUCAUCAGAUGCAAGUUGUCGGUAUGGAAGAAGGCGAACCUGAUCUUGCUCUUCUUCCUGCUGCGGAAGCUGAUCCUGCCCUUCUACUCCUUCACGCUCUUCUGCAUCAUCCUACCACUAACCAUGUUCGUGCCGGAAGCUUCGCUCCCGGACUGGGUGGUGUGCUACGUGCCGGCACUCAUGUCGCUCCUCAACGUGGUGCCGGCGCCCCGGUCGUUCCCGUUCGUGAUCCCGUACCUCCUGUUCGAGAACACCAUGUCCGUGACUAAGUUCAACGCCAUGGUCUCCGGCCUCUUCCAGCUCCGCGGCGCCUACGAGUGGGUCGUCACCAAGAAGUCCGGCCGUUGCCCGUCGUCGUCGGAACACGAGCAGGAGACGACGAAGCAGCCUGGGAAAACGACGACGACAGCGACGGCGACGGCGACGGCGAAGUACAACCGGAUGUACAAGAAGGAGCUGGCGCUGUCGCUGCUGCUGCUGACGGCGGCCGCCCGGAGCCUGCUGUCGAAGCAAGGGACGCACUUCUACUUCCUGCUGUUCCAGGGCGUCUCGUUCCUCUUGGUCGGCCUCGACCUCAUCGGCGAGGACGUCAAGUGAGACCGUCGUCGAUGACCGCGCCAUGGAUGUAGUAGCUCUAGGCUCUGCUAGGCUGUAGCUCCGUUCAGGGAUAGGGUGGUGAUUAGUGGUAGUGACUAGUGAGUGUCUCGAAAUUGUUCAGUACAGUCGUCUGAAUUCUCGUAGAAUUCCUGGUAGUGUAGAUAUCUCAGAUCUGACUUGUCGCAUGUAAAUUCUUGUCCGUAGAUGAUUAGAGGAUAGAGAUUAGCAUUAGCUGCGUGUUGAUCGAUUGUUUUGUAUGAACGAAGCCGCUGUUUGCUGAUGGAUGGCUGCACUUGCAUUGCCA